AUGGCUGAAACUUCGGAUCCGGUGUGUGUAGCGAUAGAUGAGCUAGGGGUAAGAAGAAGGGAAAAAGAACAAGCCCCCUCGAGGCGUGCGUCAAGAAGGGAACCCGCUUGCUCGGUCCGGACGAGCGAACCCGGCGUUUGUAGCAAUCGCAAAGUGGCACAGAGACGGAUGGCUGAGACUGACAGCGCCGUAUGCGGUGUCUGGGAGCGGCUGGAAGUGAAGGGAGGUCGCAGGGAGAGCAGGCUGGAAGGUCAAAUAGAAGGUCGUUGCUGGGCCACAAAGGGGAGAACGAGAGCGAAGAGACGAAGGGGGAAAGUUGAAGUUGGGAAACGAAGUCCUGUGUAUGCUUAUGUAAGCCUCCCGCGAAAAGGUGUUAGACUUUCUGGUAUUGGGGCGGUAUCAGGCGUUACCAGCAGGUGGCUAGAAAAAGCCGCUGAUACGCACUCGAUACACAAUUACCAGAAUUCAAUACUUUAUUCUCACCUCCUUCUUUGCUUUUGCUCCUUUUCCUCUCUCACGCUUCACCCUCCACAGCUUACUCCGUACAUAUCCUAA